CUCUCCUGUGCCAUUCAUCAAUGACGGGCGAAGUGGAGAUGUUCUUCUUCCCCUUCGUGGGAGGAGGCCACCAGAUCCCCAUGAUCGAUCUCGCCCGCCUCUUCGCCUCCCACGGCGUCAGGUCCACCAUCGUCGCUACCCCUAACAACGCCCUCUCCUUCCAACGCUCCAUCGCCCGCGACCGGGACUCGGGCCGGCCCAUCUCCAUCCUCCCCUUCGAGCUGCCCCCAGACUCCGAGCCACCCGACUUCGACAUGUCCGCCGCCCCCGUCACCGACACCUCCAUGCUCCAGGAACCCCUCAGGCUCUUGCUCAUUGCGAGGCCACCUGACUGCAUCAUCGUCGACAUGUUCCACCGUUGGUCGGCCGAUGUCAUCGAUGAGGUGGGAGUUCCCAGGAUCCUGUUCCAUGGGAACGGCUGCUUCUCUCGGUCUGCUUCCGGCUAUCCGUACAUUUGGGCGUACGGGAAAACCUUGGAGAUGGUGCAAUGCGAAUACGAGCCGUUUGAGAUCCCGGGCCUGCCGGAUAGGAUCGGGAUGACUUGGUCGCAGCUUCCUAAUUUUCACAAGCACCCAGGUGGCGGGAAGCCGCCUGGUCGGAUGUGGAAUUCGGAGGAGAGGAGUCUUGGGGUCGUGGUGAAUAGCUUUCUUGAGCUGGAACCGGCUUAUGUGGAGUACUUCAAGAAGGAGAUGGCGAAGAAAGUUUGGGUGGUCGGACUAGUGUCGCUGUGCAAUAGGAAUGUGGAGGAUAAUGCCGAGAGUGGGCAACGAGCUGCUACUGAUGAGCACAGUUGCCUGAGUUGGCUCAAUGCUAAAGAACCCAACUCUGUUCUUUACGUUAGUUUUGGGAGUUUGGCCAGGUUGACCCCGAAACAGCUCCUUGAGAUUGCAUAUGGUCUCGAGGCUUCGAGCUUUUCGUUCAUUUGGGCAGCUGGGGAAAUCCUUGAGUCGUUGGAAAAUGGAGAGGGAGGCCGAGAGGAUUGGCUUCCGAGUGGGUUUGAAGAGAGAUUGACGGAGUCCGAGAGGGGGUUGAUUAUCAGAGGAUGGGCACCGCAGCUGUUGAUUCUUGAACACCCUUCGGUGGGUGGCUUCAUGACGCACUGUGGGUGGAACUCGAUUCUGGAGGGUGUAAGCGCUGGCCUUCCGAUAGUCACUUUCCCGCGCUCGGCUGAGCAGUUUUUCAAUGAGAAGUUGGUCACUGAUGUGUUGGGGAUUGGGGUCCAGGUUGGGAGCAUGGUGUGGACGUCUUGGAACACCGAGCCGGGCCCGCCAGUGGGUAGAGAGAAAGUGGAGGCGGCCGUGAGGAAAUUGAUGGAUGGAGGAGAGGAGGCGGCGAAGAUGAGGAGAAAAGCCAAAGAGCAUGGAGAGAAGGCCAAGAGAGCGGUAGAAGCACGUGGGUCCUCGUAUGAAGAUGUUGAGGCCUUGAUUCAAGAGCUCAAGUCUCGCAAGAAGGACUAA